CCGAUAAUAUUGAAAUAAAUCUAUGAAAGUGAACACAGUGUACUGAAUAUUGCAGUUGAAAUUGUUGCCAACGUGUCAACCUAAAAAUGCAACGUUGUUUAUUGUUCCUGUGCCUCGUAUUUGCUGCGCCUUCGGUCUACGAAGCUACAGGCGGCCUAGUCGAAUUAGACGAAAUAUCUUUUGAUAAAAUCACCAGUAAAUUUAAAGCAUCGUUGGUAAAAUUCGACGUAGCGUACCCUUACGGAGAGAAGCAUGAAGCUUUUACCACUUUUGCAAAGGAAGCGAAAGACGUAGAUGAUCUUUUAGUAGCCGACGUUGGCGUGAAAGAUUAUGGAGAAAAAGACAAUGAAGGAUUAGCCAAAAAGUAUGGCGCUCAUAAAGACAAUUUCCCAGCCGUGCGGCUGUUUAUAAGCGGCAAAGCAGAACCUAAAAUGAUAUCUUUUGACGAAAGCAAGGGAUUCACUGCAGAUGCUCUGAGAAAGUUUGUAAUAGAGAACACAGGCGUCUACAUUAGUUUGCCAGGAUGUGUGAAAGAGCUCGACAAACUCGCCGGCAAAUUCAUGAAGGCAUCUAAAGAAGAAAAGAAAAACGUUGUAAAAGAAGUUGAGAAGAUACAAAAAGGUUUGGAGAGCAAGAAUGAAUUCUCUGGAAAAGUCUACAAAACAAUAAUGGACAAGAUCAUUGAAACCGGGGAUGACUUCAUCAACACUGAACAACAAAGGUUAAAGAAACUCCUUGAUGGAAAGAUCUCAGAAGAAAAGAAGAAGCAACUACAGAUAAGAUCCAACAUUCUUCAAUCAUUUCACUAUGCAGCCAAAAAACAUUCUGAUGAACUCUGAAACUAUAAUUAAUUUUAUGUCUAUUCAUUAUUUCAAAUUACUGUUUGAUUCUUCACAAAGUUCUAAAUUCUGUAGUAAUAAGGUAAAUACAUCAGCAUUAUACUGCCUACUUAUCAUAAAGGCGAGUAUACACCUAGUUGAUCAUUUGUCAUGUAAUGUGUGAAUUCUUUAGGUGAUAAUUACAUUCCAAAUAUUAAAAGUUUACCAUAUUGUAUCUUCUUCUUUUAACAUAGUAAUUCAUUAUCAUAACUCUCCAGAUACAUUGACAUUGUGCAUGUAUAUCUGGACUCUAAAAUUGAACUUCGUCUUGUAAGUCAAUGUACGUCACACGCUAAUGCAACAAUAUGUUACAUCGACAUGAUUUUACUUCGACAAUACUUUACUCAGACACUACGCUACU